CUCGAUGCCGCUUACUAUAAAGCCCCGCAGUUUCCCUCUCAACCAAACGCACCCCUCUCCAACGCCCGUCCCUCACCAUCGUCCUUAAUUUCCUGCAGCGGUUCGACUGUCCUCGCCAUCGAUCUUCUUUUGCUCGAAAGGCUCUUCUUGUUUUGAGCUGAAAUCUUUUUGGAGAGAGAGAGAGAGGGGGGGACGAGACGAGAUCCUUACCUUUUCAUGUUUUGGACUUCUUGAACAGGGAAGAGCAGAGUACUCGUGAAUUUGAGCCGGAACUGCUGAGAAAAGCAUAAAUUUUUCGUCAGUUUUUGGGAGGCAAAAAGGGGUUCUUGAUAAGGAAGCAUACUCGGUGAGAUGGAGAAGCUGAAUUUCGUGAAGAAUGGGGUUCUGCGAUUGCCUCCUGGGUUUCGGUUCCACCCAACAGACGAAGAGCUCGUGGUUCAGUACCUGAAGAGGAAGGUCUUCUCCUUCCCUCUGCCUGCCUCUAUCAUCCCUGAAGUCGAAGUCUGCAAGUCCGAUCCUUGGGACUUGCCUGGUCAGUGGGAUUUGGAACAAGAGAGGUACUUCUUCAGCACGAGGGAGGCCAAGUACCCGAAUGGGAACAGGUCCAACAGAGCCACCGUCUCAGGGUACUGGAAGGCCACUGGGAUCGACCGACAAAUCGUGAGCUCGAGAGGCAAUCAAAACCAAGUGGUGGGGAUGAAGAAGACCCUCGUCUUCUACAGAGGCAAGCCCCCGAGUGGCUGCAAGACCGAUUGGAUCAUGCAUGAGUAUCGCCUGGUCAACCCUGAAGCCUCGGCCCCUCACAAGAUCAUGAACUUAAAUCAGAGCCCUGUUGAGCCAAUGGAAAGCUGGGUCUUGUGCCGGAUAUUCUUGAAGAGGAGGAGCUCCAAGAACGAAGGCGAAAACGCAGCCGCUUGCCAGCACCUCAAGGAAGCCCCAAAAUCCAGGAAAAACAAGCCUGUGUUCUAUGACUUCCUGACCAGGGACUUGAACCUUGCUCCUUCGUCUUCUUCCUCUGGGUCGAGUGGGGUCACCGAGGCGUCCUCCCAAAACAAUACAGAUGAUCACGAAGAGAGUAGUUGCAAUAGCCUCAGAAAAGCUCUAAAGCACUAGGAUUUUACACCAAAUCUAGGUUUUCUUGAACCAAGUCUCCGGGGCUUCUCUGAUCAAAGCCAGUUUAGAAGAAGAAGAAGAAGAAGAAUAACAACCCUCGAGGUAGUCCAAAUAUCUGGUCGUGUUAGCUUUUUCUUUUAGUUCUCAUCUCUUUCUCUGUAAUACCAUGGGACUAGAGACUGAGAGAUGUCCGAAAGAAAAGUUGCAAAAGGGAGAAGUUUCGGCAAUUAACUUGUUUUGCUAACAUCUAGAGCCCAUGGAUGUUGUUAGAUCAUGAUCAUAUGUAUUAAUCUAGGGAGUUUCAGAGUAUUUUUCUAUGUUUAUAAUGUCUUUUGGAA